CUCCUGUUGAGUGAUCAUUAUCUUCCGGGUGCUAUGGUCCUUGCCCAUUCCUUACGCGACAAUGGCACGAAAGCUAAGCUGGUAGCUCUCUUCACGCCGGACAAACUACAGUCAGCCACCAUAGCUGAGUUACGGACCGUCUACGAUGAGCUGAUCCCAGUGAGCUCGAUGGUGAACGGCACCCCGGCGAACCUCUGGCUCAUGGAUCGCCCGGACCUGAUUGCAACGUUCACCAAGAUCGAGCUUUGGCGCCUCACACAAUAUAAGCGGGUCGUAUACAUUGAUUGUGAUGUCGUGUCCCUGCGAGCUCCCGACGAGCUGUUAGAGCUGGACACAGACUUCGCCGCUGCGCCUGAUGUUGGCUGGCCUGAUUGCUUUAAUAGUGGCUUGAUGGUCCUCCGGCCUAAUCUGCAGGACUACUAUGCGCUCAAGGCUCUGGCCGAGCGAGGCAUCAGCUUCGAUGGCGCGGAUCAGGGAUUGCUAAAUAUGCACUUCCGGGACUGGCAUAGGCUAAGCUUCACGUAUAAUUGCACACCGAGUGCUAAUUACCAGUACAUUCCUGCGUACAAGCAUUUCCAAAGUACCAUCAGUCUUAUUCACUUCAUUGGUUCUCAGAAGCCGUGGACCAUGCCGAGGCAGAUUGUUCCGCUGGAGUCUCCAUACAAUCAGCUACUAGGUCGGUGGUGGGCUAUUUAUGACAAGCAUUAUCGUUUACCAUUCGUAUCACAGCCGCAAGGUGCACCAGGUGGGACCGAGACAUCGCACCACCAGCCCCAGAUUAUAUCAAAGUCCAGCAGCGAAGACUAUGCUACUCAUGCUCAUGGAAAUCAGCCAACGGAAUCUCACAAUGAGCAAUGGCCGCAGCCACACCAUGUUCAUUUCGAUCAGCAACACCAGCCUGAGAGCUUCCACCACGAGGAAAUAUCACACCAUAAAGGACAUGCAGCUAUCGAGCACCACACUGAGCAUCAUGCACAGUCGUAUGAUGCGUCUCAUGAGCACCAUGCGGCUCCGGGCCAACCAACCCCGGCUCCUGUAUUGAGUAUGGUACCUCAAUAUGUCAGAGGAGAGGAGCAUGUCUCGACUUAUAUCCCACCAUUGCCUUACACGGCGCCAAUUACAUUUGCCCCCAAAUUGAGCCAUGAGAUGACGCAUCAUGAGAUACCGCAAGUCUACCAGCAGCAACCGGAUGAGGGAAGUCAUCAAAUCCAUUCACCGCAGCCAGUAACGCCGAUUCCUCCCAUUGCUUCAAUGGGCGAGCCAUACCAACGUCCACCUUCUCCGACGCCAGAGCCUCCGACCUUUGAGGCGCCCAAGUACGAAUGGGACCCAGCACGAGAACCACCACCUGUAAAUUCCAAACCGGAAGGAAUCAGCCUGCAACAAAAGACAUACACCAUGUCUGAUGACACUCAACUCUUCCAGCCCCCUGCAUCCUACCCCGAGGCACCAAGAAACAUGUACUACCAAGUCCCCGCAACCAGAUCAGCACCAGAAAAGCCCGCCCCAGUAUUCCCCUGGGAGAACCACGCUCCCAAACCAACUCGCGUAUUCCCCAUCGAGCAACCACCCCCAGAACCAACCGAAGACGAACCAAUCCAUCUCCAAAUGGAGCCCCAGCCAACCAACGACCCCUUCAACAUCUAUACCCCCUCAUCCCCACCCCCCUCCGGCCCCUCCUACACGCGAGUCCCCUACGAACCAAGCUCCGAGUCCUGGCAAACAUACACCCGCUCCAACGCCUGGGACGAAGAUCCCGAAAUCCAGCGGUACAUUGAGACGGUCCAGCAGGCCCGCAAAGCCAAAACCCAAGUAAUCUCCAGCCCAGGCUCCUCGCAUUCAACCACGAGCGGUACAAGCCUCAGAGACAGAGACAGCGUCUCCUCACCCCCGUCCACAGGCACAGGCCGCAAACCAAGCACCAUAAUCACAGACUUCCCGACCGAAGUCGAACGCCCCAGUCUCCCCGUAACGCCCGCGCCAAUCCACCGCACCAGUGGCAGGGGCAGUUACGGCGAGGGGGGGCGACGCCUCUGGCGCGCAUGGCCUUCCCGCUGCGGAGGGCGUGCUGAGUCAAGAGGAAUGGGUGGGUGUCACGGUUGA